AUGGGCAAACCUACGGACGAAAAGGCCAAAGAAAGACCCACGACAGCCUCAAGCUCUGCCACGGGGUUAAGCUCUGAGUCUGCCUCAGCCUCGAGCUCUACGGGUAACCAGCCACCUCCAGAGUAUGAAGCUGCUCAAGAACGCGUCUUGGUCGAUUUCCCCAAGCUCAGCUUGGGCGAGGAUCUUGGAAGCCCGAUUGAUGGAACCAUCACCACUGAUCAGUGUAUCGCACAUCUCAAAUUUCUAGCUGUUCUAGCGGACCUGCGAGAUUCCAUUUCAAAUCAAGAUGGACUCUUCGGGAUCUUCGAUUCCCAGGCGAACAAGUUCCCAGAUUCUUAUGACCAGGCUAUGAUUCGUAUUCGCGAGAAGCGCUGGGCCGUCUACACUGCUCGCGCAGCCGAUCGUUAUGAGAAGUGGUUCAUGACUGCUCUGCCUCAGUUUAGACCUCCUGCGACACUUUCCGAUGUAGAGAGUAACACCUAUGAAAAUAUCACAGACUGCAAGACAAAGGCCUUGUGGACUGACAAAAUUAUGCCUCCUCUUGAUAUCCUGAUGGUCUGGCAUUCUCACAUGCUCAAUCCAAGGAAUUUUCUUGAGGACUGUAUUCGCUAUGGUAAGAUGAGUAUUUGGCGAACAGGAUUUCCCUUCGAAGCUGUGAAUGCAUCCAUUAGGGACAACACAUUGGAAUACCUCACUAGUGCGGGUUGUCAAGAAGCUUUCGAGCGUGAAAUGAAAGUCAAAUGGGACAAUCUUGAAGAUCCACCCACAAAGACUAUAAAAUGUCCCCGCUGCGGACAAGACAACAGUGUGGCAUGGACCGAAGGUGAAAUCGGAGAAUCCGUCGACAAUGCGUUUUCAGACAACAAUGGCCUGGCCGAUAACAAAUUUGAGACUACCUGCAAAACUUGCAGAGGUACAGUUGACCACGGCAGGCUUAGAGUUGCAAAGUUUAGAAAUAAUCUUCGACGCCUAUUAUAUAACAAGGAACCCAUGCCGGGGGCUGUUUUGAACAUCAAUGGAGUGCCUGAAGGUCCUGGUAACAACAUCAGACGGAUCCAGAUUCACACCAACAUGAUGUUUCCUUCGAAAGCGUUGCAGGCAUGCGGACAAGAAUUAAUGGCCCUGACAGACCCCAGAUUAGAUCGGUGCCGGAGCGUAGAGGACCUCCGCACUCAGCUAGAACCCAGGAUUCGCGAAUUCAAGGUUCUGGUGGCAGCAUUUGGACGCGCCGGAGCCCCCAUUCGACCUGGGGCAAAGGUCCAUUUCCGACGCAUGAUGUCUCGUUACUGGGAUAACUCUAGCCCCUUUGCGCUUGAUCUCGUUGGUGCCGUGAUUCGACAGGGAACAUUCAUCCAAAAGAUGGAUAACAUCGAUUGGCUUCACUCGCCCGCUCUCAUGGAAACAACCAAACGACUCAUCAAGAAGUAUACCGUCUUCUUGGGCAUCAUUUUCGCCAACCCCAAAGAAAUGGCUGUCCCCACUCUGGAUGUGGAUCUCGCCUGGCAUACACACCAACUCAAGCCUCAGAGGUACUACAAAUACACAACGAAAAUGACACCCGAAAGAACACGCCGCUUCAUCGACCACGACGACAAAGUAGAGGAAAAUAAACUCUCCGAGAGCUUCGAGUGGACUAGCAAGAUGUACCGCCGCGCCACAAAUGGUGGUAUCUACAGCGAAUGCACAUGUUGGUACUGUGAAGCAACUCGAGCACCAGACCUGUAUGACCGACUCAUAAACAUUGGUUCUUCAUCUCGUGCUCGCAACAAUGCAGAUUCUCUGCAUAAUCGACAGGAUAUCUCUUCCGAUCCAGAUAGAAACCCACAUAUCUCAGCGCACAACGCUGUCCGCCCGCCUAUUCGAGAUCCACAGGAUACGGGUCUUGGGUAUCUCCAGCGAAUGCGCCUACACAGAAACUACGAGAAAGCCUGUCGACGAGCUGAGAAACGGGGCCGGCCUAGAUCUGAUUCGAGGUCGGGAGCUAACGGCGUGGAGCCGGCAUACUACGCGCCGUAUGUGUGGGGAUAUCCCAUGAUGGGGCUGCUGGAAACUGCUGCGCGGGAACUUGUGGUGGAGGUGUGGCAGCCGGCUCAUGUGGUGGAGCUGGUAGUGCAGGCUGUGCUGGAGGAGGAGCUGCUUGUGGCGGAGGUGGAGGCGGUUGUAGUGGUGGCGGAGGAGGCUGUGGAGGUGGAGGAGGAGGCUGUGGAGGAGGUGGUGGAGGGGGCGGAGGAGGCUGUGGAGGUGGUGGUGGUGGUGGUUGUUAAAGAACCCCACAAGACAGAAAGCCUACUCUAG